GAUAGACAGAGCUAGCUGGGAGAAGUGUGCCUAGCUCUUAACCCCUUCUAUCCCAAACUCCUUUCCCACUCACAGUCAGUGUCACCUAAGCCUAUACGGCUCGGUAACACCCAUCAAUUGAGAACGUCGAGAUGGAGCCCAACUCAGUGAAGUGGGUCGGCUCACCCUGUGGUCUCCAUGGACCUUAUAUCUUCUACAAGGCUUUUCAGUUCCACCUUGAAGACAGACCAAGAAUCUUGUCCCUUGGCGACUUUUUCUUAGUCAGAUGUAAGCCAGAGGAUCCGAUUUGCAUAGCGGAGCUCCAGCUGUUAUGGGAAGAGAGAACUAGCAAGCAACUUUUAUCAAGCUCCAAACUUUAUUUCCUUCCAGAAGCUACUCCCUUGGGUAGGAAUACCGACCAUGGCGAGGAUGAAGUGAUUGCAGUUUCAGAAAAAGUAAUAGUCAAACUUGAAGAUUUAACAAAAUGGGCACAAUCGGAUUAUUCAAAAUGGAAGUGUGGACUCCGAGCUUUACCCUUAAAGCUAAAAGAACUGGGGAAAAAUGGCCAAAAAGAAUGUAUUUUGAAAUACAGACAAUCUUCACUAAAUAGCGGUCUGAACUUCAAGGAUGUCUUCAAAGAAAAAGCGGAACUGGGAGAAGAUGAAAACGAGGGAAACGUGAUGGUAUUAAGUUACCCUCAGUAUUGCAGAUAUCGUUCCAUUUUGAAACGUAUCCAGGAAAAACCUUCCUCAGUUUUGGCCGAUCAGUUUGUUCAGGCGCUAGGUGGAAUUCCUAUCAUCAACAAGAACACAAAGAUCCUUUACUGUCGGGACACUUUUGACCACCCCACCCUUAUAGAUAACGAAAGUGUAUGUGAUGAAUUUGCCCCAAACCUGAAAGGCCGACCACGCAAAAAGAAGCAAUGCCCGCAGAGGAGAGAUUCAGUGAACGGAGUGAAGGAUGCCUCCAAUAUUUGUGAUGGCAAAACUGUUGCCAAGGUAAAGUGUGAAAUUAAGGCAGUGCUGCCAAAAGCCAAGACAGCCAACGGCAACUGCAAGAAAAUCACAACAGAGGAUAAACCCAAUGUGGCUGCAGCAGAAGGAUGUAAGACUGAGGAGUGUAAAGCUGAUGAGCAGGCAUUUCUUGUAGAACUGUAUAAAUAUAUGAAAGAGCGGAAAACGCCCAUUGAAAGGAUACCAUAUUUAGGUUUUAAGCAAAUUAACCUUUGGACUAUGUUUCAAGCUGCUCAAAAACUGGGAGGAUAUGAAACAAUUACAGCUCGGAGGCAAUGGAAACAUAUUUACGAUGAAUUGGGAGGAAAUCCAGGAAGUACCAGUGCAGCCACCUGUACUCGGAGGCAUUACGAAAGAUUAAUCUUACCUUAUGAAAGGUUUAUCAAAGGAGAGGAGGACAAACCACUACCUCCCGUAAAGCCUCGGAAACCAGAAGGCAAUUCCCCAGAAGUGGAGGUGAAAACAAAAAUGUGUAGUGCAAAACGUAUUAAACAUGAAGGCCAAAAGAUAAAGAAGGAGAAGGAUGCAGCAGGAAAACCUGAAGAUUCGGAGGGUUCAGCACAGGAGGAAACAGAUGUAAAUGAGAAAAACCUGUCUUUUACUUGUGAUUCUGAGGAGAUUAUGACAAAGAUAGACAACGCAGAUAUGAUAGAAGACAGCGAGUCCACACAUCUGGAUGAAGAAGAACUGGAUGAGCCCAUUCCUAGCAUAUGUCACGUAAAAACAGAAGAUAAAAUAGACUCAGAACCUAUUUCCUUUGACUCAUGCCCCAAUGUUAUAAAAGAGAAUAAUUCUAGUUUAGCAGAUGAUGAACCAGAAACACUCAUAGAAAGUACAUCUGUACUAAAAGCUGAGCAUGGCAAGCAAGAAUUGCCAGAUCCAUCAGAAAGGGAAAUGCGAGAAGGACAUUACAAUAUGUUUCCCUCAAUUCAGGUCCAGCUGCAGCAUGAAAUCCACAUGGCAGAUGAAAAAUUGCCAGAAAUGCCAGAUUAUAUUGCAAACUGCACAGUAAAAAUGGACCCACUGGUCUCUGAGGACCUUAAAAACCCUCUGGACAGCAACAUUUUACAGAAUGCAUUGAAGCAGAAUCCCAAAGUGUACUUGGUUCAGACUCUGGACAUGUUGAAAGAGAAGGAUACUUUGUCAUCGGCAUCGAAUGAGGAAUCAUCAUUCAGUUACACGCCUCUGCUUUAUUCGAGGGGAAACCCGGGUAUAAUGUCUCCAUUAGCAAAAAAGAAGCUAUUGUCACAAGUUAGCGGGGCUUCACAAACUGGAAGUUACCCCUAUGGCUCUCCACCUCCACUUAUUAGCAAAAAAAAAUUAAAUUCCAAAAUAGAAGUAUCCCAACCUUUAGUGCAAACCCAUCAGGUAUCGAACUCUGAAACAGUGACUAUAAACAGACCGUCCGUAAUACAACAUGUUCAAAGUUUUAAGCAAAAAUCAGCAGAUGACAAAAAGACUAUGAAUGACCUGUACAAAAGCAGUACUUUAAGUAAAGCUGACUCUUACCGCUGUGAAUUUGCUAAGCAGCAUCAGAGUGUUCUGGCAGAAUCGUACUCCUUGAAGUCUAGUAUGCUUGAAUGCAAAGAGCAAAUGGCUGAAAAGCGAGCUGCACACAACUCCAACGUGCCAGCCUUUUUGGCUGAGUUCUAUUCAUCGCCUCACCUGCAUAGACUUUACCGGCAUACAGAGCACCAUCUUCAUAAUGAACAUUCAUCAAAAUACCACCCUCGGGAAAUGUAUAGAGAAAGUGAAAAUGUGUCCUCAACUCUCAAACAUCAAGAGAAACUUCACUACCAUCACUCAGUACAUCAACAAGAAAAACAGAAUGUCUCCGAUAAUAUGGAUGACCAGCCGACUGAUUUAAGCCUUCCAAAAUCUAUGCACAAGCACACUUCAAAAAUGCCAGGAACAAACCUUUCUCAUCAUUUCAUACAUCAAGACAGCAAAACCCAUCAAAGUUCAUUUCAAGUUCCAAACAGUAAGGCUAUUGGCAUAGACUGUAACCCAAAAGCCUGUAGAGUUUCACCCAUGCCGAUACAAGUACCAAAAAGGCAUGCAGAAUCAGUUCACAGGACCAUUAAAGCCCACAGUGUAAGACUUGAUAACAUAAGAAAGAUGGAAGCCACAGUCCAUCCCAUCACGGUUGGUAAAGCCAGUGCACAGAACUGUGGGACCUCACGAUCUUUUAAAAGAAAUCUAGAUGAUAUGGACAGCCCUCACUGCGAGAAAAAAAUAAGAGCAGUGUCUCCUUUAAAUUUACCUAAGGAGAUAUCAGGUCAAGAGGGUGAAAGCAGCAAAUCACUGCAUGACAUUCACUCUGGUAGUAUGAUGGAGAGCCACAAAUAUCCACUAUCAACGCCAAUCUUUACCGGGAUCUACCCUGGAGGUCUGUGUAGUGGGCUAAGCUCACGCAUACCACCCGCCUAUACCCAUCCACUGCAGUACUUGAAAAACCAGAGUGUGCUUUCACCACUAAUGCAACCCUUAGCGCUCCAUUCCUUGAUGAUGCAAAGACAAUAUCUAACCAACUCCACUAACUCCCAGCAGCUAUAUAGACAUUUGGCUUCAGCCUCCCCAGUAGGAUCUUCAUAUGGUGACCUACUACACAACAACAUUUAUCCUUUAACAGCCAUCAACCCGCAGUCCUCUUUUCCUUCUUCCCAAUUAUCAUCUGUACACCCCAGCACAAAACUUUAAGCAAUUGUCCUGUGGCAAACAAAAUAAAUAGCUACAUUCCUUGCCUAGCACAAUAUUCUGCAUAAAAACACUCUCUACUGUGCGAGCCACACUGUAACUCUAUAUGUAAAAUAUUAGAGGUUAAAAACAAUGGAGUCAAGGUCACACUUUGCCUGGGUUGGUUCAUUUUUAUAUUGAAAACAGCUUGCACAAAAAGGAACCUAGUGUGCUCCACACUUAUGUGACAGAAAUAAAAGAAACAGAAAAAAAAGCUGGAAUAUUGUAGGUUCAGAUGUCACAAAAUGCUCUAGAGGCAAUGGUUUAGCUUUUUGUCUUUUUUUUUUUUUUUUUUGACUGUUAAAGGUUCAAUCAAUGCAAUGUAUAGUUACAAGUAAAUUUUAACACUAUAAUGGCAGAAGAAGGUUAAACACUGUUCAUUUGACUGUACAUAUCUGCCAGUGUCACUGUCUUUUCUAUUAAUUUAUAUGGAAUAAGCCCGCAGUUGAUUUAUUUGCUUUUUUUAAAAUUAUUUUUGUUUUUUUAUUAAACAGUUGUGUGUAAACGGCAAGGUCAUUUUGAGAGGUUGAUUUUGUGUGUUGUCAGGAUUAUAACUUAAAAAGCAGUUUUUACCAUCCAUGCAUGUUUACAAAUCAUACCCAUUACCUACACCCAUUUCUUGGCUGAGCUAAUACUAUUGCGUACACAACAGCAAUUGCCGAAGUAUAUAAAUAAUAUAAUACUUAGUCCCAUCUCUAUUCUCGUUACGAAGGCCUCCAAGCAAAUUAACAUAAACUGUGCUCCUUUGUUGACUGGAGUUUUUCUUUAAAAUUCCAGAUUUUUCUUGUGUGACCAUCACCAAAAAUAACAUUACAGCAAGCAUGUGCGUACAAUUUUUGGCCACUUUGGAACAUCUCACUGCUAUAGCAAAACAAAGCCAAACUGAGCAAGAAUUCAACAAUUCUAGAUUCCUGUCUUUCAUUAAAGUAUUUAAUAUUUGAAUGAAAAAUAAUCUACAGGGACCAAACACCUAACAUUUACCUGUAUCAAUACCCCAUUCCCAGCUUUUUGCCAUAUUGUUGUGAAUAAGGGCUCAUUCACACUAUGGAAUCUCUGCCUGGAGAUAUUAGGUGUGGAGAUCUUGACAGGAGCGUGCGCCAGCAAUGCAAGGACCGGUCAGAAAUGCCUUGUGUCAAUAGACAACAAUGCAGUUCAAAGCAGAUUCUGCCACAAGAAUGAACAUAUUAAUUCUUUUAGCAAAGUCUGGGUUCCGGAAUUCCAUAGUUUGGUGAAGUACAAUAGGAAGCUGCUAAAUCAUAUUUUCCAAGCUAAAUUUUGCUUCGGAAAUUACGUAGUUUGAAUGAGCCCUACGAAUACAUGGUGAACCAUAAAGAACAUUUGGGCUCAUAAGUGUUUGUUAAUGAUGUCUUAAUCAUCAGUUUGGGUGAAUGUAGAUCUACCCAAACUGCAGAAAAUAAGAGGAACUACUAUAAUCCAAUAACAAUAGAAGGAGUUUAUCAGUUAUGCCUAUUAGUAUAAAGUGUUACUAUCAAAAAAUUUGAAAGUGUUACUCUCCAAAUCAAUCAGUCUGGACGUUUAGACCCCACCAAUUGCUAGAAAGAGUUGGGGGAAUUGCUUUACUGACUGCUUUUUCCUCUCUCUUGCUGCAGGAGGUCGGCUCUAUAAGACGUACUAUAGAAUCUAUCUCCUGCAACAUGCCGGUAAGAGCAGUGAGCCAGGGCGAGAAACGCCCAAUUGGGCAAUUCUCCCAGUUCAUUCUAGUGAUCAGUUGGAGUUUGACAUGGCUCAUGCACUCUUUUUGGCAUUAAAUUUUUAGAUGAAUUUGCCCAAAAUGCAAUGCAUUAGUUUUUUCGCACAAUUCACGCCAAGAAAGUGUUGUAAACAAAAUUUUCCCCCACUGUGUAUUCUCAUGCACUCAUUUAAAUCAAGUCAAUGACUACCUUAAAAAUUAUAGGAACAAAUGAUAGAGAGAAAUAUAUUUUUAGAUGUACGGCCAUGUAUGGCCAAGCCUGCUGAGUGAUCUGACCUCUUACUUUCAUUUCAGAUAAAGUGCUUGUUUACUAGUAAAACUCUAUGAUGACAUAUCUGCUCCCAUAGCCAAUAAUUAAGUAUGGUAUUUUGGCAAUUUGCUCUGUAGGCCAGGGUUCACCUACCUGGUUUGCUUUGCAAUUUGCAAAACGCUUGUUUGACCUGUUUCCAUUUUUGAUGCUGGUUUUUGUUAGGCAUUUCAAGUCUUUGGUUCCUAAAAAAAAAAAAAUGCAUACCAUUUGAUUUCUAGCCUUAUAAAUAUACUAUUUGUGGUAAUUCCCUAUCUAUGUGGUGUCACUCUAAGCAGCCCCACUUCAAAACACAUGCUAUACAUUGGCAAACAUUAUCAAGAGGCAACUAUAUAAAAAAAAAAAUGAAAAAAAAAUUAAUCACUCUUGCCCAUACUUUAAGAAACAUUAAAAACUUGUUUCAACAAUCUUUACAGGAUUCAUGUUUUCUAUAGAACGUAUAUUUACUAUACGACUUAUAACACUUUUUCUUGUAAACUAAAUGAGGGUCAAUCGAUUUGCAAUUUUUAAAGGACCCCUAGUUGACCCUUGAUGAACAGAGGCAGCACAUUGUCCACAGCAGAGUGUUGUCAGUCAUAACAAGUGGUAACUGCAACCGUGUCCAAUAGUUUGUCUACCAGUUUUAGUUUACUAGUGGUAUUAAAGGAACUAAAAGCAAGGGUAACCAUAGAGUAAAGAAUUUAAGGGUGGUGAGGGUAUUAUGAACUCAUAGGAGCUAAUGGAAAUAUUGAGGCAUGAGUUUAGUCUUAACUAGGGAGAUACUUAAAAUGGGGCUCUCAUUCUCCAUUAACUUACACAUUUUGUUCACCAAUAUACGGUAAUAAUAUUAAGAAGGCUGGUGUCGGAUGUGACUUAAGGUAUCAUGGCUCUCAUUCACAAUGAAUCCAUUACUGUCGGAUCAGUUUUUAAACAGAUCCUUGCCAAUUUUGGUCAUUUGACUACCAUGCUGGAAAUGGAGGGAAUGUCUAUCAGCAAGUUAUGCAUAUAAGCAAAGGAAGGUUCAGCUGGUCGUGACUAAUCUGACUAGUGCAAGGACUAUGGGGGGGGGGUUAUCAUUUUUACCUGUUGUCAGUUUAUUUUUACCCGUUUAUUUGGUAACUUUGGCGCAUACCAUAUUCUACCUUUGGUAUGUGUGUUUUUCAUGUCAGAAUAUUGUUGGCCGGGAUUUGCAUUAAACAUGAGUCAAAAAGAGGCAAAUUGGUGCCAAACCACAAUUGUUGCCAAUGUUAAAUUACUGACCACUGCAAAAACCAUACACAGGACUGUCAAAAUCCUAGCAAGUUUACAAAAUGACAGUGGAGAGAAUGCGCCAAAAGACUUUGGUGCAAAAAGACACUGCACCCAAAAAAUGCAUCAAACAUACGCAAUAAAAAACACAUAAAUCUGUUGAUAAAUGCCCCCUAUAUAUUUAUAUUUGUAUGCAUUCAUGCUUUAAACCCCCCCCCCCCCAUAUACGGUACUUACUAAUCUUACAAAACAUUCUGAUCUUUUUAUUAAAACAAAACAGGCUAUACUAUAUACUAUUGUCUAGGCUGUUGUUAAGGAUGGUGUCCCUUAAACAUGGGCUAUGAUCCACAGAUGUUUGUAUCAUCUGAUAAGGGGACCGGCAACAAUAAGUAAGAGUCACUGUGAAUUAUAGGAGAUGAUCCAGAAUCCCAUGAUUUUCGAUGACAUUUGGCUCUGUUUACCCAUUUUUAGAAAUUAUCUUCAUCAUGCUUAAAAUCAAGUAAUAUUAACAUACACCUGUUACCUUCACGCAGUCAAGACGUCCACAUUCAUGAGCUUGGAGCUGCUACCUGGAGUCUCAUGAAUAUUCAUCAGGUUUUGUGAAUAUUAAUUGUAAAGAGCCUUAAUGAUGUCACUGCUCCUAUUGAAUUGAUCAGUCUCAUGAAUAUUGGCAGCAUUCUGGGUAGAUGACAGGUGCUUGUUAACUGGAAACAUAUCCAGAUCUGACUUAUUUUCAGUCUGCAUUAAUCCCCAAAUUUGAAUUACAUGGAGUGUUUUUCCUUCGAUGGCUUGGUUAAAUGUAAUAAUUGUAAAAAAAAAAAAAAAAAAAAAACACACCGAGCUGUACCCAAGCUUUACUAAGCCUUAAAGCUGCUCACAAUAGACAUAAUAUAUAUAACCGCUUGAUUAUCUUUCACAGUGGGCAAGCAAAUUUAGCUGCGCACAUAACGUAAACUGCCAUGAAUUAUUCUUUAUUCAAAUGAAAACAAAUGUAAGUAAAUGUAAGUACUUCCAGAUCUCUGACGAGAAUUAUAUUAAUAAACCACUUCCUUUGUUCUCUAAUCAUUUUGGUGUAAACAUUAGAGAAAUGAAAGCAUUUAACAAUCCAAGUUCUAGGCAAAUACCGGGCGAUGGAAAUGUGCAAGCAAAAGGGGAAUUGAUAUUUUAGAAAAUUACAUAGAGAAUAGAGGUAAUUAGAGACUGAUUUAAAGUUAUAUCUCUUGAGUGCUGUAAAAUCUGCUUGUAGGUAUGUUACUAUGUUACUGGCUUUUAAGAUGGUACAUUAUUACGUUGUCUAAGAACAUUGCAGAACACAAUGAUAAAUGUCAGACAUUAGUAAGGCUGUUUAUAGGUUACUUUUCAUACACAGAUAUCUCAGGGUUUGUUAGAGGUAGCAGGACUGGGUUGGCCUCUGGGCACUAUUUUAUAGUGUGUUAUUAGUUGUUUGCAAAAGGACUGUGGGCAAAAGCAGAGGUUGCAGUCACGCCCAGAUCCAACAGGGAGGUUUAUUAGUCUUUCUGCCAGAUAAGAGAAAACUAGUAUUGAUAGUUGACAGCUGGGAUCCUAUCUAUGGGAAGUAAAAUUGUAAACUUUAAUAUUAAAUGGUUAUAGUGCAGCACUAUGCACAAUAAUCAUUUUUCUAAAUUAUUUUCAAUUUAUCUUGUAUAUAGUUAUACAGAGUGGCUAUUGACCACACUCCCUUCUCCACUGUCUUUAUAGCACCAAUAGCCAGCACGAGACCCAGUGGCUAACAAUUUUUCCCCCCAGAUCAGUUGUUGUUGAAAUGAGCUGGUAAACCUGCUUUUUACCUGUCAAAUUCUGUGUCCUAUAAGGGUUUUAUCAUAAAUGGCUGCAGGUAAUACCCAUUUUAUCCAUAAAACCAUGUACCCAUUAUCAAUUUGAAAUCUGAAACCUGCAGACUGCAUGCCAGUAUGGUUGUGGCCACACUCUGGCUAUGUCUGUGCUGUUAUUCAUAGUAGGUAAAAAGGUAUUGGGUAAAGCAGUCCACAACCACGGGCCACGUAGCUGUGGGCACCUACAUCAAUGGCAACAGAGAUAGAUUUGUGGCAUUAUCAUGUCUUGACAACAGUGUUAUUUCUAUCUUUCUAAGAUGAUAUCAAUGGAACUAGCUGAUUUUUUUCCCCUUUCAAUUCCCCUGUGUCUGCCUUUGUUUUCCAGUUGCAAUAUUGCUAAUAUCAUUUCAUUUUUAUCAUCUGAAAAUAAGAUAAGCUGUUGAUGUCGCACUUUGUGUUUCCGCUCCAUUUACAUCAGUCUUGUGUGCCUUUAAUACAUUAACUGUCAGUCAGGAGGUAAUGACGCUUGAGAUAAUGGGUGACAGAAAAUGGUUGAUUUUUAACUAAUAAGAAAAGACAAAACCAAUGCAGUUAAUGUGGUUACACAGCUUGUAAACAGGGUCAGGGUUCGCAGCUCCCUAGUGCUGAUGGGUAGGUGCCAAUGAUGGGAUAGCACAUCGGUAAAAUGCCGCUUGUAGCUGGUGUGUAGCAAUAUCUGUAUGGUUGGAUUGGUUCCAAUCAUUACAAUAUUUUUAAAGUUGAAAUCAUUUUAAUAACAAUGUAUUCAUGUUUAGACUACAGACUGUUGUAAAUGGAGUUGAGCAACAAGGAAUCGGAAAAGAGCUGUAGAUUGUGGUCAUAUCCAUCCCUUGACAAUGCAAUUUUUAAAGAUAGAACCUCACUUUAAAGCAGUGGUCUCCAACCUGUGUCUCUCUCUCUACUGCUGCAAAACUGCAACUCCGAGAAUGCACUUAUUAUUUGCCUUGCAACAGUUAGUAAGUCACAGGUUAGGGAACACUGCCUUAAGGAAAACUUAAUCUUUAUUUAUUUUUAUUUUUUUUGUUUAGACUUUUCCUUUAAAUAGGUACUGUCACUUAAAAAAAAGAAGUGUCGAAACUUUAAAUGGUUGGGGCCUUGUUGUUUAGACCCCAACUGAUCACUAGAAGGCGCUAAGUGUGUUAUUUCCUCUGUACCAUGUGACCGUCCCAAUGUCCUAAUAUGCGCAGAGAGCAGGGAGAGAAGCUCUUAGCCCUAUGCUUCUUUCCUCAGUUUCUGUAAUCAUUUGCUGGGAUUCAAGUGCUAAGUUCAAGUGCUUAGGUACACUUUAAGUUUUCAUCAGACUACGUCAAUCUUAAAUCAGGUGAAUUUUCAGAAUUUUUUAAUGUCCAUAUGAAUCCAAACUGGCAUAAGACAUCUUGAAAUGAAAGUAACCCAUGAGUCCAUUCACUUAAUCAUAGUCUUUUAGGAAUAUACUCCGAUGACACUGUAGAUACCAUCUUACUAUAUUCAUUCCCUUGUCUAAAUGCUCCUUUGGCUUGUCCUGUACUUGUAAGAUCGUAGAUUCCAUUGGUUAGAUGGAGUCCCAUUUGGACCUUUUAUGAGCAAAUGUCAUCUGUAAGCAAUUGAUUGACACCUGUAGGACAUAGGCGGUAUAGUGGCAGUCAUUCAGUGUUUGCUGGAAAAUAUUACCUUUGCUUAGUGCCAUUUGAUCCUUUUUGAAAGUGAUAUGAGUGAUUCUGCCCUGUGUACGGCUCUGCAGAAUAUGUUGACACUAUAAAGCAACAGGAACUAUAAUCGCCCUCAGCCUCAUCAAUACUUCUUUAAUUAUAAAUCUUACAUUAAAAGCAAACCUCAGCGUUUCCACCAGUAUUAGCUAGUGGCAUACAGCAUAUUCCAUUCACUUUGACAUCAUUAUGAUUCAUUUUCAGUAUGUUACUUUGUAAAUUAUUGAUUUUACCUGAAAGUGUUUUCAAAGCCGGCAACAGAUCGGCUUCUAAAUGAACACUAUUGGCAGAAACCCCCCGCUGGAUUAUUUGUUUAAAAACUGCUUACAGGAAUCUUGGAUACAGUUCAAAAAGACGGUUGAAUUCUCGCUCAGCUAAGAGCAGAUUAAAAAAAAUUGUUUUAGAAAGGGGCUUUGUUUGCAUUGUGAGAGUUCAAGGGGAUUUAAUACCGAAUUGCACAAGUCUAUGUAGUGCAAUUAAACCAUUGUUUGAAGUUUGAAGGAAAAAAAAAUCACUGAAAAUUCUAAUUGGCAAUACUCAUAAAUCUAUGAAGUGCAUUCCCUUCCAAGAAAUGUUGUAACACACGAUUCUGCCGCGUUACUCAUUCAUUACCCGCUCUCAAGGUUGUGAGAUAAAACAUUCCACUAACCUCUGGCAAAAGUGUGAACAGUUUUUAGUUUUCAUGAGCUUAAAUCACAACCAGGAGAGAAUGGCUGAUGUCCGCAGAAUGCUACCCCCCCCCCCCCCCAUCCACCCAGCCAAAUGGUCACACAAAAAUAUUUUGCUAAAACAUUUUUCAAUGAAGAGGAAAUAUCAAGUUCCCUUCUGAAGUAAACCAAAUAUAUUUCAGUGUACUCUUAUUAAAAUGUGAUGCAUGACCUCUAAGAAGUACUGUUACUAAUAGAUCAAACUAUAGCCACCCACUCAUUCUCGUGUAUUUAUGUGCCUUUGCGGAGAAUAUGAAAGUAUAUAUCUGGAGCAGACUAAACAUCCCCUGUGUAACCCCCCCCCCCCCCCCUUGUAUUUUAUUUUCCAUGUACAUGUGCUGUGUAGCACAUCUGAUCAAACAGAUACAAUCUUCAUUUAGGCUUUUGCCAUGAACCACGUCUUUAUAUUUUGUAAAAGAUGCCGUUUGUUUUGUAAUCACUUCUAAUGUGCUGUAUGGUAUGCGUGUGGUAUAUUGUAUAUGUAGAGAUGUGUGUGCAGGCACACAGUGAUCAGCAUGGUGUCCAUAAAUGUGCUUGUACACACGUGCAGGACAAUAUUAGAGGCUGCAUGGCACUUGACUAUCGUGAAGGCUUUUAUUACAAAAGAACAUAAAUCUACCUACUCACUAGUAACCUGUGACAACCAGAUCACCGAUCCAUUUCAUAGGCAAUUUCUUUAAAACGUGACAAGUUGUCUUCAAGUAUGGGAUUUCUAGAGAACCUCUACAUGAAUGUUGGAUCUGCCUAAACAGGUGAAGGGUGCACUUUAAAUGGGAUGUUCCAGGGAAUACAAGUCCAAUAUAUGGGGGGCAGUAAAUUGGAAGCCCUCCUGCAAGUUUCAUGAAUGCAAGGACGGCUCUCUAAUAAAAGGUGGACUUGAACUAGCUGAUUGUCUGGGUCAGUUCCAGAUUUGUUCCAGGAGGUUCCACAUGUCAGACUCCACCUAUUUGGCUUUUAUAUCAUGUCUGACUAGUAUUAUACGUUUUAAUAGGCAAUGUAUUUGAAGGGGCUUUCCAGGAUCAGAAUAACAUGUCUACUAUUGCAGCCCAAUCCUCAUUCAAGUGAAGUCUCGUUACCAGACAAUUUCUAUGGACAAGGGUGACACUAUUUAUGACAAAAAGCACACCCUUUCUUUAAAAAAAACAAAAACAACCUUUAAACAGUUUGAGCCUAUAUUAUCCCUAAAGAAGGUUGCAUGUGAUUAAAGGGAACCGGUCAUUCUGUCCAAACCACAAGUCGUUUGAGUGGUCCCCGGUGGCUUCUCCUAACCCCCCCCCCCUUUCCCCCAGCCUUAUAGAUCUCUCCAUUUUUAGGUAUGGAAAAAGAUCUAUCAAUCACGGCUGGCAGGGCAGGCAGGAGCCACCAGGGACCACUCCAGUGACUUGUGGGUCCGGCACCAUGAAAGUGAUGAACGGUUCCAUUAAAUAUAAAUAUUUCAUCUAAUAUGAGUCUCCAACCCUCCAUAAUCUCCAGGUCCUAAGUUUCAAGAAUUUAUCCAUGCAAAUGUCUGUAUUCCUAGAUGUGACGAAAUACAUCCAAAUAUCUUAUUAUUUUCAGAGGUCCGAACGUUCCAACAGCUCCGGUCCACAAGUUCAUUGGGAGGAGAUAUAGGAGAGCAGUGCCAGUGGGAUACCUUCUUUUCUUUACUGAUCUUAUUAUUUUCUCUUACUUUUUUCAGUGACACCUAUGCACCCAAAAUUAAAGGGAAACUGCUUUAACUGUAAGUCAUCGGGACGGUCACUGGUGUUUUUUUUCCACCCCCACCGGCCUUGAUGGACAGAUGUCUUCCUAUACCCAAACCCAUACUUCAAUAUCAAAACAUAUUUUUUUCUGUGUUGUCUAUACCCAAACAAGGAGAUAUCUAUUAAUCAGAUCUGGUGGGUGGGGAAAAGUUGCUGGGGACCACCCUGAUGACUUGUGAUUCAGGCAGCAUGAAAGGGGUGACAGGUACCCAUUAAAAUAAUGUUUAUAUUAUAUAAAAAAUAUUUAAAAAAAUAUAUAAGACAAAAAAUAUCCAUCAUGAUCCACUUAGAUUCACAGCUUCAGUGUGCCCCUGGAAAUUGUUGUAGACUGUUGGGGACUAAUACAUGAAUGGCUGGGAGUGGGCCAUACUUUACUGUUACCCUGCCUUUACCUGUCUUUACCUGUGCACCUCAUGUUUAUGUGAAUGGUAAUCUCACACAGACAUUACCAGUUUUGUUAGCCACAAGCACUUACAAAGGAAACAUUGCUGUAAAUGUAUGACAUAUUUUACUUGGAGUUGACGUUUUGUCAUAUAUUGCUGGCUGUGUAUAUUUUUUUAAAAAGGAAAACCAAUAAUCUGCUGUAAAUAUUGUACACUUUUUGUGAUUCAAGUCAUGUAGCUUAAAAGCUGUGUAAGUGAAUAUUUGUAUAUAGUCUAAAGGCCCAGUAAUGUUCUAGCUCGGAUUCUCAAUUGAAAAUAAAAGGUUAUUGAGUAACCUUGUGUGAGUCUAAACACUACCGCAAGAAAACGCUGAGCCAAACACUGACACUCAAUUUUUGUAUGUUUUCCAAAUUGUACCUAUCCAAUCGCUUUUGAUACUGUAUGAUGUGCUAAUAAAAUUUCCCAAUCACAUAGCAGACAAAAAGAUAUUUUGUACUUUUUGAUCCACUGUAAUAUUUAAUAAAACAUUACUAUG